AUGGCAGAGUGUAUGCAAGAAACUGAGAGCAAUGUGGAGGAUAAAAGAGACGACAACUCGACAGAGUUCACACCGAUACCUUCAGAGUCUGAGUUUUCCGCUGUAAUUUUUAACAGUGUUCCGCGGUGCUACCCUCCUGACAGAGAGAUAGAAUGUCGCUACACUAUUAAGAAUUCUGUCAAACCCCACUCUCGGGACUGGAUUGGGCUUUUCAAAGUUGGUUGGCAGUCCUCACGGGAAUAUUACACCUACGAAUGGUCGCCAAUGCUCGAGGUUCAAAAUGGAGAGCAGGGUAAAGCAAUUCGUAAUAGAGUCUUACUCCGUGAAAGGUAUUUGCCUAAGGAAGAUGACGAGUUUUACCAGUUCUGUUAUGUUACUAGUGCUGGUGAUGUGAGAGGAGCUAGCGUUCCUUUCCAGAUUAAAACCAAACCAGUGGAGCAGGAAGAUUUGGAAUGUUGCGAAGUUGAAGAUGACGACGGAUCGUCAAUAAUGCUCGUUAAAAACAAAACAGCGAUGCUUGAAGAAGCACUUGCCCGAGCGCUGGAAGAGAAUGCUGUAUUGAAAGCAUCGAAAGAAACGAUAGAAGUCGAUUUGUCUAAUGCUAAUGAAAAGAUUAUCGGACUCGAGUCUCAAAAGGUUGAAUUAACAACUGCGGUAAAAGUUGGAAAGAAGAGAUUGGCCCAGCUAGAGUCGGUUGUAGCACAGAAAAACCAGUUGUUGGAAGAAGAAAAAAGCAGACGUAAGCAAGUCGAAAAUAGGGCGAAUAAUUUGAUGACUCUGCAAGAAAAUUCAGAUAGGCGCAUUGAGGAACAACUUGAACAGACCUCUGAAGUUGAGAAAAACAAGGAGAAGUUAGUUGUUGAGAGAAAGCAAUAUUUGGACACCAUGACCGCUGAUAGACAGAUGAUUGACAAGCAGCAGAAUGAGAUAAAAGCUAAGGAAGACGAGUUCAACUCGCUGAAAAAUCGAUUUAUAGAGUUCAGAACCAAAGCUAGGGCUGAAUCUGAUGAUUUUGCCGAAAAACUGGAAAAGUUAACUACUGCAAAUGGGAAAUUACAAGAACAGCUUGCUCAAAGCAUAGCAGAAAAUAGCAUUCUCAAAAGAAACUUGGAGGAAGAGUCAGAGCGACUUACUAAGAAGGUCAGAGAAGCUCAUUUGGAGCUCAGGAACAAAGAUCAAGAAGUUCAGAAAUUGCAGCAAGAAAUUUCUAACUACUAUGACUGCAUUGUUACAGACUUGGAGAAUUCCAAAGACAAAAUUUUGAAGGAUGCAUCGCGCGAGGCAGAGUUGUAUGGUAAGAAAAUUGAAAAACUCCCAAAUGAAGGUAAAGAGAAACAAGAGCUGGCAUAUCAGCUAGAGCAGGAACUGGAAAAUGUCAAAAUUCAGCUGAACCAGGAGAGGGGAAGGACAACUGCUCUGGAAGAAGAUUACGAGCCAGUAAUCAGAGCACUGCAGGACCAACUGGAUGCAGCGAAAGCUUUGAACUAA